CUCACCUACUCUACGCUCUCCGUCUGCGACACACGAUCCGAUCCGCAGACAACUUUUAUUCGUGAGAACUUUAGUGCGGUUAUUUUGUUUACCUGUGACUACUACGGUUGUCGGAGAUCUACUAUUAUUAUAAUAACAUUGCAAACUGUUGAAGAAAAGUGAAAAUUUAAGUUAGUUGAACUUUGUAAAAGUUUGGACAGAGGAACUGAUAUCGGUCAGCCGGCGAUGCGAGGUCGGAGCCUGUAAAGUUAGUUGUGUGUUUGUCGUUUGGAUAUUCCCGGGUCGGUUUGGUGAUGUCUUGUUGAGUGCGGCGAGCUGGGGGCGCUUGAGCUGUGCGUGGGGCGGGGGUGGCCCGCGCUGGAUGCGCUAGGGGCGGGUGGCGGCGGCGCGGGCCCCGCCGGCGCGCUGGCGAUGACGGUGCAGCGCGAGGAGCGCGAGGCGCGCGCGCCGCGGACCCGGUUCAUGAUCACCGACAUCCUGGACGCGCCGCCGCGGGACCUCAGCGCGCACCGCGACUCCGACUCCGACAGAUCUGCCACCGACUCACCAGGUGUAAAAGAUGAUUCAGACGACGUGUCAAGCAAAAGCUGUGGAGGUGACUCAUCGGGGCUCGUUAAGAAGCAGAGGAAAGCGCGAACGGCCUUCACAGACCACCAGCUCCAGACUUUAGAGAAGUCCUUCGAAAGACAGAAGUACCUUAGCGUUCAAGACCGAAUGGAACUGGCUGCGAAACUAGGAUUAACGGACACACAGGUCAAAACCUGGUACCAGAACAGACGGACAAAAUGGAAGCGGCAAACAGCGGUGGGUCUAGAACUGCUAGCUGAGGCCGGUAACUACGCGGCCUUCCAGCGUCUGUACGGGGGCUACUGGCCCGGGGUGCCGGCGUACCCUGCACAGCCCGCGCCGGCCGCCGCCGACCUGUACUACCGGCAAGCUGCCGCCACCGCCGCAGCUGCUGCCUCGGCCAGCGCCAACACCCUACAGAAACCCUUGCCUUACCGAUUAUACCCGGGAGCACCGUUAGCAGGCGUCCCGCCUCUGGGGCUGGGCUUGCCGGGGCCGUCAGCGCACUUGGGGUCGCUGGGCGCCCCGGCGUUGGGCGCGUUGGGGUACUACGCCCACGCUCGCCGGACGCCCUCUCCAGACCUGGACCCGGGCAGCCCGGCGCCCCCGCACCGCUCCCCACCAGGCACCCCUGCAGACCGGCGCUCUGAAGACGAAGACGACGACGAGCCCAUACACGUGUAAACAAACUCUUACUAGAACGAGUGACAAAUUUCAAGUGUUUUAAAAAUCCAAGUGACUAAAAGUGAAGGCUACAUUGACAUUCCUGGAUCCUCAGUCUUCAUAUUUCAGAAGCCCCGGUGACUCGGUCGCUUUGGACUCAUUCGGUUUUCGUUCGCUGCACGGUUGUUUUGCACGAAUCUCGUUGCUCGACUACAUUUCAAAUAUAUUUUCUUGAGACGGACAUGAUUUUGUCUGAGAUAUGUGAUAUUAUAAGCCCAGAUUCGAUAGUAAGAACUUGUAAAAUAUAAUUGAUGUCGUGUUAACUACUUAUUGAUAACUUAGUGAUUAGAUAAAGCUUUGUAAGUUACAUAGACAGUAAAUAGGCUGGAAAUUGAAUCGUUCCAUUACAGAUUCAUUUAUAUUUAAGAAUGUUCCACAUAAGGGUUGUUUCGGUGUUGCAUCUACUGAUGAAGUCAUUUACAAAAACAUGUUUAUGAUAAAUCAUAAUUUAUUUCAAGUGAUAGAUAUACUCCUAAAAUAACAUUAAAAUAGAAAACUUUGUAACUUUUUUAAAUGUAUAAAUGUGCUCGUUACUUACAUGCAACUUAAAACAAUUCAUACAUUUAUUUAUUUUUAAAUACCGAUGUAAUAUAUAACCAUGAGAACUACUUGGAGAUGUGGACAUAGACAACUAGAGAAACCAGUGAAUGUGACAGUUGAUGUCCGCGCAGCCACACUCACGUGAUGUAGCACUGACGGUCUCCUGUACAGUACUUAGUGGCUAGGAUCAUCUACAUUGUGCAAAGAUACUGUAUAUUAUAAUAUAAAUAUAUAACUAUUCAUAAACGAUGUAUGUAUUGUUAGUAUUAAAUACACAACUUAAAGUAUUAAAUGUAUGUAAUAAAAGUACCUAAUGCUAAUAGUAAUAACAUGGCGAUGUACUUAAGCAAUUCCAGAUGUGACAUUUUAAUGUCCCAUAGAUUUUGUGGUGUUUUGUAAUUAAAAUGUUGUCAAUUAAAAUAGUAUUGUUUUUUGUCUCACCUCUUACGUAAACACAUUGUCGCUUACGUUUUUGUAACCAUUACGUACGUACUAACGUGUGUAUUUCGCAGAUAUUAUUUUAAUUUACGAAAUUAAAGGAAAAUGCACAGUAA